AUGACAAAGGAUUAUGUUUCUGGAGAAGAUGGUGAUGCAAGUGAAUCUGAAAUAGAGGAAUAUAAAGAUAAAUCUUAUGAAGAGCUCAAGAAUGGAAAACACCACAUCAAGUUACCAAAUGAAGCUCUCACCUGCCCAUACUGUCCUAAUAAGAAAAAACAUGAUUAUCAAUAUAAAGAGUUAUUGCAGCAUGCUACUAUGGUGGGGAAAAGUGAUUCACAAAAGCGAAGUAAGACAGACAAGGCUAAUCAUCUAGCACUAGCUAAAUAUCUCGAAAAAGAUAUAGCUGAAGCCUCUGAUCUAUCACAACCUAAAAAUGAGGUUGAUCACCUUGCAGACCAUGAUGGUGAUGAGAUGUUUGUAUGGCCAUGGAAGGGCAUUGUUGUUAACCUACCAAUUGAAUUGAUAGAUGGGCGCUAUAUCGGAAGAAGUGGUUCAAAUAUGAGAGAUGAUUUAACCAUGAGACGUUUUAAUCCUAUGAGGGUGCAUCCUUUGUGGAAUUUCCGCGGUCAUUCAGGAUCUGCUGUGGUUGAAUUUAGAAAAGAUUGGACAGGGUUCAAUAAUGCCGUGUCAUUCGAGAAGGCUUAUGAGGCUGAGCAUCAUGGUAAAAAGGACUGGAAGGAAAAUAACGAUCCAAAAUCCGGUAUAUAUGGUUGGGUUGCUCGUGCUGACGAUUACAGAUCUGACAACAUAGUUGGGGAGCAUCUCCGCAAGAUUGCUGAUCUUAGGACUGUUUCUGAUAUCAUGGCAGAAGAAGAUUAUAGAGCAGUUAAACUCAUGUCAAAUUUGACAAAUGUAAUUGAAGUCAAGAAGAGGCAUUUUGAAGAGAUGGAGACCAAAUACAUGGAAACAGAAAAUACCCUCAGCAAAUUAAUUGCUGAAAAAGAUAAGGUUCAUCAAUCUUAUAACGAAGAGGUAAAGAAAAUCCAGUUGAGCGCGCGAGAACAUCUCCAGAGGAUCUUCAAUGACCAUGAAAAAAUCAAAUUGCAACUAGAAAGCCAAAAGAGAGAACUUGAACUUCGGGUUGUUGAACUGCAGAAGCGUGAGGUUAUAAAUGAAAACGAAAGGAAAAAGGUCGCAGAAGAGAUAGAAGAGAAUGCUGUGAAAAAUAGUUCGCUCAGGACAGCGUCUGAUGAGCAAAGGAAAGCUGAUGAAAGUGUGAUGAAACUUGCAGAUGAUCAUAAGAGGGAAAAGGAGAAACUCCAUGAGAAAAUAAUAUUUCUUGAGAAACAAUUGGAUGCAAAGCAAGCUGUGGAGCUAGAAAUAGAACGUCUGAAGGGGCAACUAAAUGUUAUGAAGCACAUGGGAGAUGAUGAUUUGGAGGUUCUCAAGAAGAUAGAAGACAUGCACAAAAACUUAAAGGAAAAGGAAGAAGAGCUCGAGGAUUUGGAAAGCUUAAAUCAAACUCUGGUUGUUCAGGAACGAAAAAGCAAUGACGAACUGCAGGAAGCUCGUAAAGAAUUAAUCGAGGGCUUGAAGAAUUUAUCAAAAGCUUCACAUAUUGGUGUCAAGAGGAUGGGAGAGCUGGAGAAUAAACCCUUUUACGAUGCUAUGAAGCACAAGUACAAUGAGUUAGAAGCAGAAGAUCGAGCAUCAGAAGUAUGUUCGUUGUGGGAAGAGUACCUUCGGGAUCCCACUUGGCAUCCUUUCAGAGUAAUCACCAUCAAUGGAAAACCACAGGAAGUGAUAGAUGAAAAUGAUGAAAAACUGAAGGGGCUAAAGAGAGAGCUCGGCGACCAAGUGUACAAAGCUGUAACGACCGCGUUGACCGAGAUUAACAACUACAAUCCUAGUGGAAGAUAUGUGAUAACAGAGCUGUGGAACUUCAGUGAAGCCAGAAAAGCUAGUCUACAGGAAGGAGUUUCUUAUCUUCUCAAAAUGUGGGAUGCCCAUAAACGCAGGAGAACUAUGUGA